AUGUCGUUUCCAAAACAAGAAGAGAUUGAAGUUGUUGUGAUGGAAGAAGGAACUUCUCCUGUAAGGAUAUGGGAGGACCUUAAUAUUGAUAUGCUGGUGAAGAUAUUCCAAUCCUUUGACCUUUUCCAGUUGAUCUCUGUCAUUCCUCAAGUUUGUCAUGCAUGGCAAUCGGCUUGUUCUGACCAACAUCUUUGGAAAACGCUGGACUUGUCAAUAAUGAAGUCAAAUUUCAUCAGAGUUUCAAUACCGCCGUAUAUAUAUGUUGACACUCCAUCUCGUGAAAAAUUGAACCGCAUCCUAAAGAUUUGCUUGAUCCUUAGUCAUGGAAACAAACUGACAUUGAUCUUCCAUUACAAUUUGUAUGUUGACAAUAAUCAGUUGACUUAUUCUGCCAAGAGGUAUUCUCCGAAUAAACUUUAA